UCGAAGGCCAAGAUUAUUGCGGACGAGAAAGGCAUUAAUCUUGUUACAGCUUCCUCUGAAUUUCAUAGAUCUCAAAUGAUCGCAGAAUAUUCACAAAAUCCAAAACAGUACAUAAAUGACGAUGAAAACAUUAUCGAAAGCAACAAUCAUUAUCAAGAAAAGAUGAAAUAUUGA